AUGCACCCAAAUCCGGCGGCCCGCCGGUGCGAGGAUCCCGAGGAGGUCGCGAGCGAGGAUGAGGUGGAGGAGGGGCAGGCGAGCGAAGAAGGGGAGGGAGCGGAGGCGGCGGCUUGCGUGAGCGUCGGGGCGGAGGACGCCGUUCCACCUCAUGAGCAGCGGCGGAAGCCGCGAGUCGGACGGCGCACGUCGGCGAGGGAGCGGCGCGCGCGCGGCGGGGCGGCCGCGGCCACGAAGGCGGACGAGGAGGACGGGGCGUGCGAGGCCGUUUGCAGGGCCGUGAGCGAGCAGCAGCGCUGCGGCAACACCCUCGAGCGCGCGGGCGGCGCCUUUGGGUGCCUGCUGCCCGCGGGGCACGCCGGUCCGCACCAGAUCGUGCAGCCAGGCAGGCGGGCUCGCAAGGUCGAGGCACCGCCCGCGCUGGAGCCGCGGCCACGGCCGCUGAGCGCGUACCAGCUCUUCAUGAAGGACGAGGUGGCGCGGCUCAAGGCGUCCGACUCGGAGAUCUCGCACAAGGAGGCGUUCAAGGAGGCCGCACGCACUUGGGGCACCGCCGACGCCAACCCGCAGAAGCGCGCCAUGGCGGACGCGACGCGCAGCGUGCCUGCGCCGGCAGAGGGCGAGGGCGGCGCCGCGCGCGAACGUGUGGGCGGGGGCGCCGUGCCACCGCCCGCUGCCCGCAAGCGCCAGCGCGAAGAGCCGCCGCCGCCGCCGUCAAAGGAGGCGGCGACGGCCGCGGGCCACGUCGAUGAGGUGCCGCGCGCGCUGGAGCAGCUCGCCGCGGGCACGCGCGUGCGGGUGCUGUGGGAGGGGGGCGAGUGGUACGCCGGGAGGUUCAAGGGCCACUCCUCCGCGAGAGGGCACUGCGUCGCGUACGACGACGGCGACGUCCGCUACCACCGUUUGGAGGAUGAGGUCUGGGAGAUCGAGGGCAGCGGCGGCGGAGGGCAGGGCGCGGCGACCUUGUCGGCUGCGGCGACCUCGUCUGCUGCGACGAGGCAGAAACGACGCGACGCGCCCCCGGAGGCGCCGCGGCGGAAACAACGGCGGGUGGAGGAGGGGGGCGAGGUGGACAACGUGGCCGACAGCGGGGGCGCCGCGCCGCUUCUCGACGAGAUGGAGGGUGUCCGCCUCCACCUCAGCAGCACCUCCAACACGGGCUACCGCGGAGUGCACAAGAGGAACGACCUACCCGGCACAGGCAAGCCGUACAUAGUCAAGCUGAGGUCUACAUCGAGCUACUUUGCCACCGCUGUCGAGGCAGCCCUCUACUACGCACGCUCGAGCACGGGGGCUGGGUCGGUCGGCGGCGGCCCUUCCUCGAGCGCUACCCAGGGCGCUCCCCCAAAGGACGAGGCUCUGCCCGAGUCGGACAGCCGGGCCGCGCCAGAGGCGGAGGCUCCGACGCGAAACGCCUGGGGCGGGAUGGCCAAGGUGCGACCGCUGCUCGAAGGCCUCGGCCUGCUCGACUACGCGGCCGCCUUUGACGCCGCGGGCUACGACGACGACGAAUUUCUCCUCUCUCUCGACGGCGGCGAGCUCGCCGAGGCGGCGGCGGAGGUCGGGAUGCGAGCGGACCACGCGCGGCGCUUUGUGCGCGAGGUCGGCUCCCUCCCUCGGGCGCCGCCGCGCGCGAGCAGGCUGUGGGCCUGA